AUGUCUACAAACCCACCGCUCUCAGGCAUUCGGGUGUUGGAACUUGCCGGUUUGGCUCCAGGCCCCUUCUGCGGCCAGUUGCUUUCUAGCUACGGCGCUGGCGUACUUCGCAUCGACCGUCCAGCCGCUCCCAACGCUCUACCCUCCAACGACCUUCUCACCUCACGUAAAUCUUCAGUAGCCCUUGAUUUGAAGAAUCCUUCGUCCAUUGCUAUCCUCCUCACCCUCGUCGAAAAGGCCGAUGUCCUGAUUGACCCAUUCAGACCUGGCGUCCUUGAAAAAAUUGGCCUUGAUCCGGAAAAGGUCCUCUUAAAGAAAAAUCCUCGCCUCAUUAUCGUCCGAUUGACUGGGUUCAGGCGAGAUGGAAAGUACUCAGCAAUGGCUGGUCAUGAUAUCAACUACCUCGCAGUAUCCGGUGUGCUGUCGAUGUUAGGCGCCAGAAACACUCCUCCCCUGCCGCCCGCGAAUAUUCUUGCCGAUUUUGCCGGUGGUGGUCAUGUUGCGUUCACUGGUGUCCUCCUGGCUCUGAUCCACCGUUCCGUCUCCGGAAAAGGUCAAGUGGUCAAUUCCAAUAUGGUUGAUGGCGUCAGCUACUUGGGAACGUUCCCCCGUUUGCUGACCAAACACCCCAUGUGGAACGGUGAGCGGGGCACCAAUACUCUUGAUGGUGGGUGUCCUUAUUAUGGCACCUACGAGACCAAAGACGCUGGGAAAUACAUGUCGGUCGGCGCGCUUGAGCCGCAGUUCUACACGGAAUUGCUGAAAGGCCUAGGGUUUAAGCCUGAGGAGGUCCUCUCUGGAAAAGAUCUCCGGAGAGAUGACCCAAGAGCGUGGCCCUACAUGCGGGAACUGUUCACACAGAGAUUCAAGACCAAGACACGAAAAGAGUGGGAGGCGAUUUUUGACGGCACGGAUGCUUGCGCUGCCCCAGUGCUUGAACACAAGGAAAUGGAAGCAGCAAACUUUGACCUACGCCCCAUCGUGGAAUUAACUGCGUCUCCUGCGUUGCCGGUUGAUAUUCCAUGGCAAGGCAAAGCCCUCGCAGCUGGUGCAGGUGGAGAGGAGAGUUUAAGGAAUUGGCUCGGGUGGAAAAAGGGGCGGGACUAUGAUGUCCAGGGUGGACAAGUGCAAUUUUUGGUCAAGAAAGACAAGAGUAAACUAUAA